UCUUGACUGUUGGACAUGUGUCGAAUAUAUGCGUACGAGUUAGGCUAUAGUUGGACUUGUAAUUAGCGGAGGGUUAUGUGCUUGAGUCGAACCGUGUAACCUUGGCCUAUUAUAUAAAGCUACCGCAGGGUAGCCAAAAUAGACCAGACAAAAGCUGGUAGGCUAGACAGAGAUCACGAAAGGGGCGGUCUGGUCGGACAUGGCGGGUGGUCGGAGACGCUGUUGGAUGACCUUGGUGGGCUUGCUGUCGUUGUACUAUAUGAUUUAGUACAUGGGGAGGAGCGCCCAUAGUCAUGCCCGGGGACGUAGCCGAUGUUCGGUGAAUCUCGUUAACAAAUCUAGAUGUCGUUACUCGUGCUUGUGUUUGUCCUUGUAUAAUCGACCGCACCUCGGAUUUUCUAACAUAGACAUCAUUAUCUUAAUUUUGUCACUAUGGGGUUGGAUGAUGUGCCAUGCAACUAUUCUUGCAUGAACUUUCAUCGGUAUCUUCUAUGUGAGACACUAAAGAACCAGUUGCCAAGUGAGGGCCAAAUUCAAGGUUCAACGAGUCUAAAUACAAUAGUACGCCCUACUUUUACAAGCAAAACAACUGGUACUACUAUAUUAGAAAACGUUAUGUGAACGUCUCAUUAGAAAGCCUCCCAUGUUCAAGAGCCAGUGCUCUUUGAGUGGUCAAAAUCCAAAAGACAAAUUGGAUAUUGGAGAAUUCAGCAACUGUAGGAACUAGCAACGAGCUAUAGAAGUAGAUUAGAAGGAGACAGCUAGGAUUAUCAUAGGCUUUUCCCUGAUAGGCGAAUCAGCACUAGUGUGUGGUCUAAAGUGAAAGAUGAUAUUUUUGGUAGAGUCGAGAAACUGGGAAAACGACGGUCAAAGAAACGAAAACGCUCUCGCCCGAGCCGCUCCCGCGGGCGGCAGGGCGAACCCUAGCCGCCGCCGGACCGCUCCUCUUCCUCACCUCUCCUCCUCAUUGCCGCCGGGCGAAGCUCGGUUGGUGUCGGCGGCGGUGGGAUCCUCUGGCCUCCCUCCCCUGUUGCUCGCGGCGCGGGCGCGGCGGCUUGGCAAGGACGCGUCGCUCGCGCGGGGCGGGGUGGCUUGCCGGUGGAGCGGCGGUGACUGCGCGGUGGUUGGGCGGCCAGCGAGGUGGAGUUGGCGGGGACGGCUCUGCUGCGGGUGGUGUCGCCGCCGGCCCAGAUCCCCUUGUCGGCCGGCUCGGGCUGCGGCAGCUUGGGCCGGAGGGCACAUUGCCUUGGCUGGCUGGUGCUCCGGCGAGGAUGAGGGGCCUCCUGCUGUUGGCUGGCGGCGGGAGCAGCUUGGGGGGUGGAGUGUGGCGGCACGGGGGCGGGCUGCGGCCUCGGUGGCGCGCCUCUGCUGUUGCAGGGCAGUUCGGGGCUCCCCUUGGGGUCUCGACGUGGAUUUGGGCUGCCAUGGCGUGGUGGUGGCUCAUAGCGGUGGUUUGGGGUGGCUCACAGUGGCGGUUGGACAUCUCUGGCGUUGGGCCGUCGGUGAACGGCCUGUUUCGGUUCCGACCCCUCUCGUCGUCGUCCGGGCACUACCCUCGUUGAAGGGCUGGCCUUCUCCCAGCCGCGGUCCAGUGCUCGUCUCGCGCCCGGCAGCAGGACCGAGCUCGUCUCGCGCCCGGCAGCAGGACCGAGCUCAUCUCGCGCCCGGCUGCAGAAUCGAGCUCGUCUCGCGCCCGGUGCAGCAGGGCGGGUCGCCGGAGGCCAAUUUUGGCCGGCCUAUUGGGUCUCGGCGCUGGGGGCUGCCCAGGGGUGUGAAAGGCGAGGCCUUUCCAUUCGUCUCUUUGGUUGGGGUAGCGACGGGUCUUGGGUGAGAUGGUGUCAAGGUCUUGGAUGCCGGGGCGGCGGCCCUGGUGGUGGUAGCGCGAUGCUCAUGGGCAGAGCCCGUGGCUUUGUGCUGUCCGGUGACCAUGGCCGUGUGGGCGGCAUGGUGGCUGGGGUGUGGCGUUCGGUGGCGGUGAGUGUUGGCCAGGGUGAAAACCUGUUCUAUCUUCGGACGGACCGGCGGCGGCGUAGCGCGUUCCCUUGAAGGCGUCGUUGUGGCUCUCAUCGAUCAUCGUGUUGCUCCAGGGGAAACUCUGAUCCUCGGGUCGGGCGGUGGCGGCGCGUUAGCGUCGUAACCUUCUUGAAGGCACCGCCUUGGAGCACACGGUUCGUCAUAUGCGGCUUCUGUGCGAACUAGCGGAACGUCUUGCCUUCUCGGGCCGACGGCUUCAUGUUAUAUAGAUGGGGCGCACCUCCCAUAACAGCGCAUACAUUCGGUUGAGAUUACAUACUUGGAGAUCAAGAAAGGAGAUAGAGAUAAGAAGUUACAUGAGAUAAACAUUAUACUCAACAACCUAACCAUCUCCUAAGAUGCGCCUGUCAUGUAUGUUUAACACCCUCCCUUAAUCACAACUCCAUUAAGUUGAGAUUAUACUUGAAGUUUUCAAAGCUCUUGACAGGCAAUGCCUUUGUGAAUCCAUCUGCAAUUUGAUCACUGGAAUGCACAAAACGAAUGUCAAGUUGUUUGUGAGCCACCCUUUCUCUGACAAAAUGAAAAUCUAUCUCAAUGUGUUUGGUCCUUGCAUGAAACACUGGGUUAGCUGAAAGAUAGGUGGCACCAAGGUUAUCACACCACAAACAUGGAGCUUGUUUACUCUUUAUACCAAGUUCCUUGAGCAUGGAUUGAACCCAUAUGAUUUCAGCUGUGGCAUUUGCCAAAGCCUUAUAUUCUGCCUCUGUACUAGAUCUGGAGACUGUAGCUUGCUUGCGAGCACACCAUGAAAUUAAGUUGGGUCCAAAGAAAACAGCAAAACCACUAGUAGAGCGUCUAUCAUCAAGACAGCCUGCCCAAUCAGAAUCAGAGAAUGCAUUGACAAGUGUAGAGGAUGACUUGCUGAAAUUAAGACCCAUGCUUAAUGUGUUUUUGACAUAUCUAACUAUCUGUUUGGCAGCAGUGAGAUGAACAGUUGUAGGUGCAUGAAGGAACUGACAUACUUUGUUGACAGCAAAAGAAAUAUCAGGCCUAGUAAGAGUAAGCUCCAGGGAACAUCGUCUUCCAGAUUCUUCCUCUAGGCCUCUGUAGUUUACAGGAGGAUGUCGUUCAUUCUUCAGUUGAUGACAUAGAGAGAAGGUUACAAGAGAUCACAGUG